AUGUCACAAGCUACCGUGUCGCUGCAAAUCAUCGAGCACACGCUGACAGCCGCGAAAUGGUUCUGUCUGCCCAAUACUGCUGAAAAAUCUGCAGAGGAAUAUUUCAAACAGAUGAUACGCGCGGAGUUGUUCGCAUGUAUAGCAAUGUUUGAGUCCGGCCGCUUCGAUAUAGACCUUGCGAACCUCGCGGAUGUCAUUGCGUUAUGCUCGGACGACUCCAUAUAUGUCGCCGACAUAUUGCUCUCCGAACCUUGUACCAGCCCAUUCAACUUGGGCAUUCGGCAUCUGGUUGGAAAUGUUGGCCAGACGGGGAUGGUAUGUCUCGUGUCGCCAACCAAACCUCGUAUACGACAAAUCGGGCACGAUGCUUUGAUGGUAUCUCAUCAUGUUUUCGACGGAACCUGUGAGGACAACUUCAAAGGAACCUCGCUGCAUCUUUCGUUCACCAACUCGAAAGUGCCCUUGGCUCCGGGCCCCAAGGGAGAAAUAGACCAAGAGAUAUUUCUGCUUGAGCCAGCAGUCUCGGUGCAGUAUCCAGGCAGAUGGGUCGCAGACAUUGAUGUCCUUGGUGUUGAAAGGAGCCAAAACAGGGAUGUGAUCAACACCGUAUCAUUCCCCCAUCGGGAUUGCCAGUUCGGGCAUUCAUUGCCAUUGAAGUGUUGGGAUGCUGUUUCCAUUGGUUCGCAGGAAGAGCUCCUCGACCAGCCCCCUUGCACAGGUGUUGUACAAACACGCCGUUGCAAGACUGGCGGCUGUUUCUAUCCUUGCCCAGCAAGGCAAGACGGCAGAGACUGCGAUUCUGGAAGGAGAUGA